AUGGCCGCCGCUCCACCCCAGAAAAACGACCUUCUCCCUGCUCAACAACUCAAGACGACGAUUGUGUACGAGCGCAACGUCUUGCGUGAAAUUAGGGUUCUAGACGCGAAGAUUGGUAAACUCGAGCUCCAGCUCAACAGCGAGCUGGAGAAGAUCUCCUCCUGCUCAGGCUUGCUGGAGGAGAUCAUCGCCAAGUCGCAAGGCUCGCCGUGUUCCUCCCUGCGGGCCGAGCUUGACAGGGCCCGCGCCAAAAGAGAGCGGGCGUACGAGAAGUUCCAGCGCCAGCAGCUGGAGCUGGAGAUCCACGACGACAACGUUCGUGGCGGCGCCGCUAACCCUCCUGCCGCCGCCGGCGGCAGCAACUAG